AUGGGAUUUAUCAUUUAUCCUGUGAAGGGGCUUGGUCCAUAUAUUUCUGAAAUAGUCCAGUUGUGCACAGAAUUUCCAUCAACAGUUGUAUUGCUAGAUCACUUGGCCUUCUGCAAACCACCAUCAAAUGAAGAGGAAGGUCUUGUCUUUUCUCAGUUUUUGAAUCUAUCUAGAUUCCCACAAGUAUUUGUGAAAUUUAGUGGCCUUUUCAGGUUGUCAAGAGGGCAGUUUUCUCAUCUGGAUUUGUCUCCUCUCUUGUCCCAAGUUGUCUCUAGCUUUGGUGCUAACCGUCUUAUGUGGGGCACUGAUUUUCCAUAUGUUGUUCCUGAAUGUGGCUACAAUGAAGCCAAUGAAGCAUUGCAUCUUCUUGCCGACCAGAUCUCUUUGCCUUCGACUGAUUUAGAGUGGAUGAUGGGAAGAACGGUUACACAACUCUUCCCAAAUCAAUGA